UGACACAACAGCGAAGAUGGCGUGUUGUGGAAACUGUUUUUGUUGCCAAUGUUGCUGCAGAGAAGGAGAGACGCGGACGCCUGAGGAACUGUCCAUCCUUGGUGAAAUCCGAGAUGAAGAAGAUGAGAUUCUUCCCAGGAAAGAUUAUGAGAGCUUGGAUUAUGACCGCUGCAUCAGUGAGCCCUAUGUGGAGAUUCUGGAGGGGAUGGACAACAAGAAAGCCAAAAAGUAUGAAGCAGUACGGUGGGUAAUGAUGUUCGCUAUCGGAGUCACAGUGGGCCUGGUCGGCCUGUUUGUGGAUUUCUUUGUAAGCCUCUUCAGCAAGAUCAAAUUUACUGUGGUUGGUGAUUCUGUAGAGAAGUGCAGUGACAAAGGCUGUCUCCCCCUGUCUCUGCUGGAGCUCUUGGCCUUCAAUAUGACCUUCGUCUUCAUCGCCAGCAUGCUCGUCCUCAUUGAGCCAGUAGCUGCAGGCUCGGGGAUCCCGGAAAUCAAAAGUUAUUUGAACGGAGUGAAGAUUCCAGGAAUUGUCCGGCUGAGAACCUUUCUCUGCAAAGCUGCUGGAGUCCUGUUCAGUGUGGCUGGAGGUCUGUUUGUGGGGAAAGAAGGUCCGAUGAUACACUGUGGAGCCAUUGUGGGAGCUGGCCUUCCUCAGUUUCAAAGCAUCACUUUCAAGAGGAUCAAAUUCAAUUUUCCCUACUUCCGCAGUGACAGGGACAAGCGAGACUUUGUGUCAGCGGGUGCUGCUGCUGGAGUAGCCGCUGCUUUUGGAGCUCCUAUAGGUGGCACGCUCUUCAGCCUGGAGGAGGGCUCCUCUUUCUGGAACCAGGCCCUCACUUGGAAAGUGCUCUUCUGUUCGAUGUCGGCCACCUUCACCCUCAACUUCUUCCGUUCUGGGAUCAACUUUAACAAGUGGGGCUCCUUCCAGCUGCCUGGUCUGCUCAACUUUGGAGAGUUCAAGUGCUCAGAUGGAGAUAAGAACUGCCAUCUGUGGACAGCAGUGGACCUGGCCUUCUUUGUCCUGAUGGGGGUGGUGGGUGGCCUGCUGGGGGCGCUCUUCAACUGCAUGAACAAGAUCCUGGCCAAGUAUCGUAUCAAGCACAUCCACCCCAAGGCCAAGUUCAUCAGAGUUCUCGAGAGUCUGCUGGUUGCCAUGGUGACGACCGUGGUGAUAUUCGCAGCUUCCAUACUGUUGGGCGAAUGUCGCGACUUGUCCUCCCCCUCAACCCAAAACACCACGCUUUCUGGCGGUGAGGACAUCAACUCCACCAUUCGACAGUUCUUCUGCACCAACAAGACGUACAACGACAUGGCCACGUUGCUGUUCAACCCGCAGGAGGCCGCCAUCCACCAGCUCUUCCACCAGGACGGUACCUUCAGCCCGGUGACUCUGUCAGUCUUCUUCCUGCUGUACUUCCUGUUGGCCUGCUGGACCUAUGGGGUGUCUGUGCCCAGCGGCCUCUUUGUCCCUUCCCUGCUCUGCGGGGCGGCUUUUGGACGUCUGGUUGCCAACAUCCUCAAAGUGGAACUGGGAAUGGACAUCUACUCUGGGACCUUUGCUCUCAUUGGAGCUGCUGCCUUUCUCGGAGGCGUGGUCAGAAUGACCAUCAGUCUGACUGUCAUCCUCAUUGAAUCCACUAAUGAAAUUACAUACGGACUGCCCAUCAUGAUCACUUUAAUGGUUGCCAAGUGGACUGGAGAUUUCUUCAACAAGGGCAUCUAUGACAUCCACAUCCAGCUCAAAGGAGUGCCGCUGCUGGAGUGGGAGACUGAGGUUGAAAUGGACAAGCUGACAGCCAGUGAUAUCAUGGAGCCCAACUUGACUUAUGUGUACCCCCACACCCGGGUCCAGUCUCUAGUCAGCAUCCUGCGCACCACCAUCUACCACGCCUUCCCUGUGGUCACUGAAAACCGUCAGAACGAACGGGAUUUCAUAAAGGGCAACAUCCUGGUCAGCAACAACAUCCGCUUCAAGAAAUCCAGUGUUGUGUCACGCGCGGGGGAACAGCGGCGCCGCUGCCAAUCCAUGAAGUCGUACCCAUCCAGCGAGCUGAGGAACGUCUGUGACGAACAGAACGUGGUGGUCGAGCCAGCAGAGGAGGGGGAGGACCUGCUGCAGCAGAUGUUAGAGAGGAGACAUGCCCCCUACCCCAACCUGUACCCAGAUCAGUCUCCAAGUGAGGAGUGGACCAUGGAGGAGCGCUUCAGACCACUCACCUUCCACGGCCUCAUCCUGCGCUCCCAGCUGGUCAACCUGCUCAUCAGAGGGGUCUGCUACACUGAAAACCAGUCGAGCGCCACUCAGCCCAGGUUGUCCUAUGCAGAGAUGACUGAAGAUUACCCACGUUACCCUGACAUCCAUGACCUGGACCUGGGCCUGCUCAACCCCCGCAUGAUAGUGGAUGUCACCCCCUACAUGAACCCAUGUCCCUACACGGUGUCGCCCAACACCCACAUCUCCCAGGUGUUCAACCUGUUCAGGACCAUGGGGCUGCGUCACCUCCCAGUGGUUAACGCUGUCGGAGAAAUUGUUGGAAUAAUCACAAGGCAUAAUUUGACCCACGAGUUCCUUGUGGCCAAACUGCGGCAGCACAGCAUCACUAUUUGACCAGACUCUGGACAUCUGCUGCCCUUCCAACCCAGACUGUCCUAGUCCUGGUCCUGGUCCUGGUCCUGAGCCUUUGUCUCUGUCCAUUCGUAAAAAAGCUUGCACACAUUCUCUGCGGUACAAUAGGGAACACAGUUCUCCUGUGAGUGAAACCAUUCUGUUGUAUUUCACAAAGGUCUUACAUCUCCACAGUUGAGGAACCCGGCUUCAGUAGCAGGACUGGAUUCAUAAACCGGGACCACUUUAAUAGAACCAUAUUUGUUUUGACUGUAUAGAAAAGGUUUUACACUUCACAGAUAUCCCCAAACAAUCCAUAUGAUAAUUCAUGAGCACUUACUGAGAGGACUGGCUCUCCUCUGACACAACCCCCGAUGAUCUGAUAGCAUUAAGCUUCAAACAUGAGCCACCUCAGCAGUUCUUUCAGUGAGUCACAGGGCGACUGUGUCUCAGUGGUGAGCAGUUGUCGUCCUUCAAUCAGAGGAUCGGCGGUUCAAUCCCCGGCUCCGCUAUACCAUAUUCAAUGUGUCCUUGGGCAAGACACUUAACCACAAGAUGCCCCCAUAGUUCUACAGUGUGUGAAUGUUAGUUAGUCCUGAUGUGCAGGUGGAACCUUAGCUCCUCCCAUCAGUGUGUGAAUGGGUGAAUGAUGUCAUGUAGUGUUAAAGCGCUUUGAGUGGUCGGAAGACUAGAAAAGUGCUUUACAGGACAGGUCCAUUUACCAUUUACAGUGUUAUCGCAACUCAAUAGUUCUCAAACCCUUUUUCCUGUCUUUAGAAGCCAACACCAAGUGCAUGUGCCCUCCAUCCACACAACUCAGUUUUUAUCAAUUGUUACAGAUUUGACUGACAUUUAUUUGUUAUUCUUUUUGAAAAUCAGGUGAGCAAGAUAGCCUCUCUAGCAGCAGCUCACUUCCCUACAUGAAUCACAUGCGUUGAACAUCCACACAGAACUGGAGAGAGGUAUUGAGUAGCCACGCGUUGGGUCAUCGACCGCUGCUUCUGCUGGUGGAAGACACAAUAGACAGUCAGCUUUGCAGGCAGAGCUUGGAAUGAAGAGGUCAUAGCCCAAUAUAGCUGCCUAGCCUGCUGCCUACAUAAAGAAAGCUCCAGCAGCUUGUUGAUCGUGCUCACUGGAAACAUCAGAAUCUUCCUUUUGAUGCUUUAUUGUUGUUAUCACUGUAGCACUUUUUGUGUAACCACCAUGAAUACACAAGCAUUGUUUUGCACUCA